UUCCACCCCUUCAAAAAAUAGAAGUUUUACCACAUUAAUUUUCAUUUGCUUCCUACCAUCUCAAGAUCUCCCCUAUUUCCUCCCUGCAAUUUUUGUUCUUUUCUUUUCUUUUCUUUUUCCUUCCCAUUUCGCGGGAGACCUUUCUGAAUGUUUCCAAUGGCUUCUUCAAAGAAACGGGCAACCUCCAUUUCCUCCAUUGCUUCUCUCAUGUAUUUCCUCCUCAUAAUCUUCCAAAUCCCUCUUUUCAGGGUACAAUGUAGAUUUGGAAUCUGCAGAACUCCCAUUGAGAUAACAUCCUCCCAGUUGAUUGCCACUGAACUCUUCCCUACACAUGUAGUUAAGGUCCUUCUAUAUCCAGGGGCAAUUGUCAAUGGCGUUAUAAAGAACAAAACUCUUCCAAGUUACAGCAAAUUGCUCAGCUUAUAUAACUCCCCCAGUUCAAGGAAAUCGACUGCAGUAUCCGAUCUCCAGCGCCUUGAGGUUGGUUUAUGACUCGUAUGCAUUGCUUCGAUUAAUCUGCAGUUAGAUAAGCACUAAUAUUUCAACAUUUGGACUACAUCAGAUUGUUGCAGGAAGCUACUUGUCUGUGGUGGGAGCUUUUGUAGGUCUGUCAAGGCGAGGAAGGAUGAGCCUCUUUGGGACAAUGCUUAUCAUCUGGGGCUUUCUUAGAGAAAACAUCCUGGGACAAUUUCAAUGCAUGUUCCGCACAGAAUCUAUCCGAAUGUU